UAUUUUUAGCAACUGCAUCUUCAGGCCAUGAUAAUUCUACUAGGAUGUUUGGUCUUGCUGAAGCUUUCUAGGAUGGUGGCGCCGUUGGACUUCAACUAUCACAAUCACACCGAACUGGAACAAUUCCUCAAAGACAUAUCUCAACAAUACCCAGAUAUUACUCGCAUGCAUAGCAUUGGAAAGUCUGUUAAAGACGCUGACCUCUGGGUGAUUGUGAUUGGUGAAGGCGCGAAUAAGCACGUGACUUUGACUCCUAACGUCAAGUAUGUGGCAAACAUGCAUGGGAAUGGGGCGGUGGGUAGAGAAAUGCUCCUUCAUCUCAUUGACAACUUAGUCAAAAGCUAUGGUGGAAACAUGACCUUGACCCACUUCCUCAAGACCACCACGGUUCACAUCAUGCCAACGAUGAACCCGGAUGGAUUCGCAAUCGCUUCUUACGGAAACUGUUCAUCAUUAACAGGCAGGAAAAAUGGAGGAUCGUAUGAUCUGAACAGAAAUUUUCCGGAUUACUGGGUGGAAAACAAAGUUCCAAUCCAGCUUGAAACCCGAGCCAUUAUGAACUGGAUGAAGGAGGAACAGUUUGUGUUGUCCAUCAACUUCCACGGGGGAGCCCUGGUCGCCAACUACCCGUUUGACAACUACCCGAAUGCGUCAGAUGUAAGCGUCUACGCCAGCUGUCCCGACGACGACGUGUUUCGCCACCUGAGUCUGACGUAUUCCAAAAAUCAUCCCACAAUGCGCUUGGGUAACCAUUGUAAUGAUACGGGCCCAUUUAAAGAUGGGAUAACUAACGGCGCCCUCUGGUAUCCAGUUGCAGGUGGAAUGCAGGACUACAACUACAUCUACGCCGGCUGCAUGGAGACAACCCUUGAAAUAUCGUGUUGCUUCUAUCCCACUUCAGAUGAACUACCGGGAUACUGGGAGAGGAACAAAAACUCCUUAAUUUCUUACUUAAUGCAAGUGCACAUGGGGGUCAAAGGUCUUGUGUUUGAUGAAAACCGAAACACUCUGGUUGGAGCCACAGUCGCUGUGAAAGGCCGUGAACAGUUCCCACUGAAGACCACGGAGUAUGGGGAGUACUGGAAACUCCUUCUUCCUGGAAAAUAUGUCUUACAG